CUCUCCGGUUCUCUCUGACACCGACACUGGGGGGGAGGAGGGUUCGAGGAACCGCAGCUCCUGUUUCGACCCAGUCCGGUGCCAGCCCGGGGUCCUGCUGCCGGUGUGGGAGCCGGAGAGCCCCUCGCUGGGGGACAGGGUGGCGCGCGCCCUGGUGUACUUUGUGGCUCUGGUGUACAUGUUCCUGGGGGUCUCCAUCAUCGCAGACAGGUUCAUGGCAUCUAUAGAGGUGAUCACAUCACAGGAGAAGGAGGUGACGAUCACGAAGCCGAGCGGGGAGACGGUGGUGGCGACCGUGCGGAUCUGGAACGAGACUGUGUCGAACCUCACUCUGAUGGCGCUGGGCUCUUCGGCGCCGGAGAUCCUGCUCUCCGUGAUCGAGGUGUGCGGACACGGGUUCCAGGCGGGGGAGAUGGGCCCCGGCACCAUUGUGGGCUCGGCCGCCUUCAACAUGUUUGUGAUCGUGGCGGUGUGCGUGUGGGUGAUCCCUGAGGGGGAGGUGCGUCGGAUCAAACACCUCCGAGUGUUCUUCAUCACCGCCAGCUGGAGCAUCUUCGCUUACAUCUGGCUGUACCUCAUCCUCGCCGUCAUCUCCCCCGGUGUCGUCAAGGUAUGGGAAGCCCUCCUCACUCUCUCGUUCUUCCCGGUGUGUGUGCUGUUGGCCUGGGUAGCUGACAGGCGGCUCCUCUUCUAUAAGUACACUGAGAAGCGAUAUCGCGCAGACCAGCGGCGCGGGCUGGUGGUGGAGACGGAGGGGGGGGCGAGCCCCAAGGGCGUCGAGAUGAUGAUGAUGAUGGACGGGAAGCUGGGGGCUGCAGGCGAAGGCGUGGAGGGGGCGCGAGGGGGGGGCGCGGGGAGUCAAGAACUGGAGGAGAACCGCAAAGAGGUGAUCCGGAUCCUAAAGGAUCUCAAGGUGAAGCACCCAGACCGGGAUCUGGAGCAGCUGGUGGAGACAGCGAAUUACCAGGCGCUGGUCCAUCAGCAGAAGAGCCGGGCGUUCUACCGCGUCCAGGCCACGCGCAUGAUGAUCGGGGCGGGCAACGUGCUCAAGAAGCACGCCGCGGAUCAGCACCGCCGCGGCGCCGACCUGGAGGGUCUGGGGGGGGUCCCGGGGGCAGAGGAGGGGGGGCCUGACUCCACCCCCUGCAGCCUCAUCUCCUUCGAGCGCUCUCACUACCAGUGUGUGGAGAACUGCGGCCGGCUGGCGCUGGCUGUGGUGUGCCACGGAGGGGAGGGGCUCAACACGUUCUACGUGGACUACAGGACCGAGGACGGGUCGGCCCACGCAGGGUCCGAUUACGAAUACAGAGAGGGGACCCUGGUGUUCAAACCUGGGGAGGAAAGGAAAGAGAUACAGGUGGGGAUCAUCGAUGACGAAGUCUUUGAGGAGGAUGAGCACUUCUCCGUGCGGCUGCUGAACCUGCGCGUGGGCGACGCUGAGGGCAUGUUCGAGAGCGACCCUCCCCCCUCGCAGCCCCCCCGCGCGCGGCUGGCUGAGCCCCUCCUCGCCACCGUCACCAUCCUGGACGACGACCACGGUGGCAUCUUCGGCUUCGCGCUGCGGGGGGCCGCGAGGGUCCCGGAGAGCGCGGGGACCCUGGAGGUGACGGUACAGCGCAGCUCUGGAGCCAGGGGGACCGUCAUCCUGCCCUACCACACUGAGGACGGGACCGCCAAGGGGGGCGGUGUGGACUACGAGGACGCGAGGGGGGAGCUGGAGUUCAGCAACGACGAGACGCUUAAGACCCUGCAGAUCCGCAUCGUGGAUGACGAGGAGUAUGAGAAACACGAGAACUUCUUCAUCGUCCUGGAGGAGCCGCGCUGGCUGAAGAGGGGAAUCUCCGCUCUCCUGCUGAACAAAGACCCUGAGCAGGCUCUCUCUGUGGAGCAGGAGGAUGCGCGCAGGAUUGCGGAGAUGGGGAAACCAGUGCUGGGGGAGAACAACAAACUGGAGGUGAUCAUCGAGGAGUCGUACGAGUUCAAGAGCACGGUGGACAAGCUGAUUAAGAAGACGAACUUGGCGCUGGUGAUCGGGACUCACUCCUGGAGGGAGCAGUUCAUAGAGGCCGUGACCGUCCGCUCAGGUAAUGGUGAUGAGGAUGAUGAGGAUGAUGAGGAGGGCGGUGUGGGGGGCUCUCGUGAGGAGAAGCUGCCCUCCUGCUUUGACUACGUGAUGCACUUCCUCACGGUGUUCUGGAAGGUUCUGUUCGCCUGUGUGCCCCCCACGGGGUACUGGAGCGGCUGGGCCUGCUUCCUGGUGUGCAUCUCCGUCAUCGGGGUGCUGACCGCGCUCAUCGGAGACCUGGCCUCGCACUUCGGCUGCACCGUGGGGCUCAAGGACGCCGUCACCGCCGUGGUGUUCGUGGCUCUCGGGACCUCCGUGCCAGACACCUUUGCCAGUAAGGUGGCUGCGAUGCAGGACCAGCACGCGGACGCCUCGAUCGGGAACGUGACAGGCAGCAACGCGGUCAACGUGUUCCUGGGGAUUGGCGUGGCCUGGACCGUGGCGGCCAUCUACUGGGCAGCGCAAGGGCAGGAGUUCCAGGUGGAGCCGGGCUCCCUCGCCUUCUCCGUCACGCUCUUCACCGUGCUGGCCUUCGUGGCCAUGGGCGUGCUGCUGUUGAGGAGGGGCCCCUCGAUCGGGGGGGAGCUGGGGGGGCCGCGCCCCGCCCGCAUCCUCACCUGCACGCUCUUCCUCGGGCUCUGGCUCCUCUACAUCCUCUUCUCCAGCCUGGAGGCAUACUGCCACGUGAAGGGCUUCUAGC